GUAAUGAGCGAUGAUAUGGAGGAAGAUGCGCGAGACGUGCAAUGUGGUACCAAUCUGCGAGCGUUUCAUGACAUCCGCACGUGGAGCUAUGCUGUCAAGCCGUGGUCAGAAUUUUUUCGUUGUUCCCAGCUCAGCUUGCCUUACUGCAUUGAUGGCUAUAUCAAGCGAAUGAAGAAAAAUUUUAACCGGUUUUCUGCGAAUUAUGCAGUUGUCACCACCAUUUUAUUGUUUUGCGGCAUCAUCACAUCAUUCUGGCUUAUGGUGUCAUGCAUUGUUCUUGGAAUAUUUAUCUAUGCCAUUUAUACGAAAACAAGGAAUGGUCCAGUCAGAAUUGGCGUUGAAGAGAUUCCUUCAUGGAUUUUGUACGCCACAGCAAUAUUUAUCACCUUACCAUUGUUCAUAUAUGCUGGAGUUGGGUAUAUUCUCUACUGCGCUGCCGGAAUUGGGAUAUUUUUGGUGAUAAUGCAUGCCUCAUUCUACGGUAACGAGCCAUCGUUACAUUUACCGGAAGUGAACAUCGAAUUGGUAACAGAGGUGAACAAUCAGUCACGGACUGUUGAAGUUACGCAAAAUGAGCCAUUGGUACCGAAAUCUCGCGUUCGCUUCGAUGAAGCUGGCGAUAUCGAUGAAUGA